GCUUUUGCUUGGCAACGUACCCCGCUGUGUGCUCGGCUGCGCUCUCUCCCUCUCCCCCUCCCUAGCGACGAGUCGAAGCCGCCCCUGGGAUCGGCGCGCACACACCUCUGGCCCCUCUUGACCCUCCGCUUCUGUUUCCGUUUCCGGUUCCUCGCGUUAGCCGUGCUGCACUCGUGGUGGGGGCUGCAGGAGUUGGCUAGGGUGUCUAUUGUGGGGGUCAUCAUGGCAGGAAGCCGGCUGGAGACCAUCGGCACUGUCUUUACCCGGACUCGGAACCUGAUGCGGGCUGGGGUGAUGAAGGAGAAGCCCGUGUGGUAUGAUGUGUAUGAGGCCUUUCCACCACUGAAGGAACCUGUGUUCCGGAGGACCCGCCAGCGCUAUGGCAAAGCCAAGGAUCUGGUACCUGAGAUCCUGUACCAGGAAGAUCGGAUCAGAGCGAAAUACUAUUCAAUUUAUGGAUCUGGUCCGAGAACUUUUGAUCUUUUCAACCCAAACUUUAAAUCUUCCUGCCAAAGAUUUGUGGAGAAGUAUAUUGAACUACAAAAAAAAGGAGAAACAGAUGAAGAUAAGCUCUUUGUGGAAACAGGAAAGGCUUUAUUGGCAGAAGGCAUUAUUUUACGACAAAGAGGAGAAGGAGCGACUCAUUUAGGGAAGUCAGAAACCUGAAACAAGAACUUCACAUCAGAACUAUAUUGGAGGAAAAGCAGCAUAACCCUGUAUGACCAGCCUUUGGAGUUCACUGAAGAGAAGCUGAAAAAUCUGUUUUUUCACCACUGAAUUAUACUUUUGCAUACCAUCAAUACCUGAUCUCUCAAUAACCAUACACAGUAGAUCAGUGUUGAAUUUCUUUUUCGUGGUUGAACUAGGGAAAUAUUUCCUAACUUUUAAGUAUUUACACUUGACUUUUGUAUAUUCACCCCUCUUUAGGGGUUUUCAUUAAAGCCCAUAACCUGGCAAGCUGUGAACUUUUAUGUUGUAAUUAUUGCUUAACUAUAAAACAGGUUCAAUCUGAAACUAUCAAUAGUCUGAUUAAAUCCUCAUAUAUAGGCUCAUACUGUUUUUAAAUGGAUUUUUUUUGCCAUGCUUGGUUGGAUUUCAGUGUUAAUUUGUAGAUAGAAUAAAUUUUGCUCUUUGUCUUUUGA